AUGCCUAAUUAUGUCUGUGAUCUUAUGAAUGCAAAUGGAGAUUGGGAUAUGUGCAUUAUUAGUUACUACAUUGAUAUUGCUUAUCAUAAUGCUAUUAAAGCUGUUGCUACUAAUACAUAUGAACAUGAUAGAAUCAGAUGGAAAUCUACGACUUCUGGGAAUCUCACGACUAAGUCAGUUUAUAAUUACCUGACUAAUCUUCACUUGGACAAAGAUGAAGCUAAUUUCUGGAAACGGAUUUGGAAACUUAAUAUUACCCCUAAAGUGAAUAUGUUCUGCUGGAAAGUUGUGAAUAAUGCUCUUGCUCUUGGGAAAAACAUGUCUAAAUAUGUUAAGGAUACUGAACCAUACUGCAUGAUGCGUGAUAAUCAGAAUGUUGAGGAUGAAAUGCAUUUAUUUGUGAAUUGUAGCUUUUCUGGGAAGGUCUGGCAAGCUUCUAAUCUGAAUAACAUCCACCUUAACAGUGGAAAUACUAAUUUCUUGCAAUGGUUUAAAACCUGGAUGAAUGUUAAAUCUCUUAAUGAAAAGCACAAUUUGCUUUGUUUUAUCUUGUGGUCCAUCUGGAAAUAUAGGAACAGUGUGCAUUUUGAUAAUGUAGUGCCUGAUGUGAAAAAACUGAUUGAUAAUAUUAGAGCAUCCCACCUGAAGUUAAGUGUAGAUAGGGACAGUAAAGCUGGUCAUGUUUCUACCGAUGCUAAGAAGUCUCAUUACAACAAUCACAACUCUGACGGUGACAAUUAUGAUUGGUUUAUACACUUUGACGCCUCUUUUAUUGAAGCUGAUUACACUAUGGGAUAUGCAAUCUCUAUUCUUGAUAAAACAGGGACCAGAAAACAUUGUCGAGCAGGAUGCAGCUGGGCUUCCAACCCCUUAGAAGCUGAAGCAAAAGCCGGAAUUGAGGCGAUAAGGUGGAUGAAGGAACUAAAGCUACAAAAUUGCUGCAUAAUCAGUGAUUGUCAAAUCUUGAUGAAAAUUUUGAAAGGUGAAGCAGAUCCUGAAAACCAACCUUGGAGGUCUCAGGCAAGCAUCAAUAGAUGCAAAUUUUCUCUUAUGCAUUGUGUUUCGGUUUCCUUUAUGUAUAAAUCUAGAACCUAUAUUAAUUUCGAAGACAAAUUAGUUAAAGAAGUAAGAUCUAGGAAAAUCAGUUAUUUCUCUAUGGAGAAUGAAAAUGAAAAUGUAAUGUCAAACAUCCUAGAAAGAGUUAUUUUUGGAUUAACUCCUAUCUUGUAUAUUUUGCAAACUUCAGCUUAUAUAUAA